AGGUUGCCUCUUGGUGCUGCAUUGGCCGUAUUUGGCACCCAGAAUGCUUCAUUCUCUGAUGGUCUAUUAAUAAGGUUACCUUGCUAGAGUUUGGAGCAGGGCCCCAGAUUGGCCACAAUGGGAAGGACCGGAUUCCGCUCUCUUCCACGAAGAGUCAAUGGGACUGGCUAAGAUCAAGGUGUGAGGCUUUUCCAUCUGUCAUCAGUCCCCUUUUGCUUUCUUUUACGACCACAUGAAACUUGAGAAGCCACCUAAAGCUAAAUCACUUAGUGGAGUUGGGCAGUUCCCAAGUGUCCAACAAGAAGGCCUGGUUUAGGCUGCGAUGGCCACUGUCAUUCCUGGUGAUUUGUCAGAAGUAAGAGAUACCCAGAAAGUCCCUUCAGGGAAACGUAAGCGUGGUGAAACCAAACCAAGAAAAAACUUUCCUUGCCAACUGUGUGACAAGGCCUUUAACAGUGUUGAGAAAUUAAAGGUUCACUCCUACUCUCACACAGGAGAGAGGCCCUACAAGUGCAUACAACAAGACUGCACGAAAGCCUUUGUUUCUAAGUACAAAUUACAAAGGCACAUGGCUACCCACUCUCCUGAGAAAACCCACAAGUGUAAUUAUUGCGAGAAGAUGUUUCACCGGAAGGAUCACCUGAAGAACCACCUGCACACACACGACCCCAACAAAGAGACGUUCAAGUGCGAAGAGUGCGGCAAGAACUACAACACCAAGCUCGGUUUCAAGCGGCACCUGGCCCUGCAUGCGGCCACGAGCGGCGACCUCACCUGCAAGGUCUGCCUGCAGAUGUUCGAGAGCACGGGUGUGCUGCUGGAGCACCUGAAGUCCCACGCGGGCAAGUCGUCGAGCGGCGUCAAGGAGAAGAAGCACCAGUGCGAGCACUGCGACCGGCGCUUCUACACCCGCAAGGACGUGCGCAGGCACAUGGUGGUGCACACGGGCCGCAAGGACUUCCUGUGCCAGUACUGUGCGCAGAGGUUCGGGCGCAAGGACCACCUGACGCGGCACAUGAAGAAGAGUCACAAUCAGGAGCUCCUGAAGGUCAAGACGGAGCCCGUGGACUUCCUGGACCCCUUCACCUGCAACGUCUCCGUGCCCAUCAAAGAUGAGCUCCUCCCAGUCAUGUCCCUGCCCUCCAGCGAACUGCUGUCCAAGCCCUUCCCCAACACGCUGCAGCUGAACCUCUACAACACUCCGUUCCAGCCCAUGCAGAGCUCGGGGUCGGCGCACCAGAUGAUCACCACUCUGCCGCUGGGCAUGACGUGCCCGCUGGACAUGGACGCUGUCCACCCCUCCCACCACCUGUCCUUCAAAUACCCGUUCGGUUCUACCUCAUACGCCAUCUCUAUUCCCGAGAAAGAACAGCCGCUGAAGGGGGAGAUCGAGAGCUAUCUGAUGGAGCUGCAGGGCGGCGCGCCCUCGUCCUCGCAGGACUCUCCAGCGUCGUCAUCUAAGCUCGGGCUGGAGCCCCCGCUGGGGGCCCUGGAUGACGGCGCGGGGGACCUCGCCCUGUCCAAAAGCUCCAUUUCUAUCAGCGACCCCCUGAACACCCCGGCCUUGGACUUCUCCCAGUUGUUUAAUUUCAUCCCGUUAAACGGCCCUCCCUAUAACCCGCUGUCGGUGGGGAGCCUGGGCAUGAGCUAUGCCCAGGAGGAAGCGCAUUCUUCCGUGUCUCAGCUCCCCGCGCCUGCGCAGGACCUCCAGGAUCCUGCCAACCCCAUAGGGCUCAGCUCUCUGCACUCGCUGUCCGCGGCUUUCACCAGUAGUCUGAGCACAAGCACCACCCUGCCACGUUUUCAUCAAGCGUUUCAGUAGGAUCCCAAGACGUGGAUCUGCGACAGAAAUGUAUGUCCACCCCUGCCUUAGGUGACCGUUUUCAUUUUAGUGCCUACUUUAAGACGGUAUACAAAUGUCUGCUUCUGUAUAGUACCAACUUCCAUUAAGCCAGUAUAAAAGAGAAACUAGCUUUUUAAAUGAGCUUUGGAACCGUUCGUGUUCAGUUAUGUUUACCUGGGUAUUUUGUCCUGAUUCACUGCCAAUUCUCAGCUCUGAAGAUGAUUUCUCUCCUAGGAAAGCCAUCAAGAGUAGUAAAGUCUUACAGAGUCGGUGUUCAGCUUCCUUUUAGAUCUCAAAAGUUUCAUUUUUGUCCGAGAACAAUGGCUCUACCUUUUGACCUUCGGCUCAUCACAAAAUUUGGCAGUAGAAUGUGAAUUUUCUAAAAUGUGUGUGAAUAACCUAAGAGUUCUUCAAUUUUUAAUAAUCAGAUGCUUCAAAUGCAUUAAGAAUCCGGUCUGGGGACAUAACCUAUGUUUCUUAGCUACAUCCUAAUUUCGGGUCAGUAUAUUUUGAAGACUUGCUAUUGUCCGGCUCACACAUCUGCCGUCUUCAUGCACAUAUAAGGAGAACAAAACCUAAACACAAAGCGUCAGUAUUUCUGGCAAAAAGAAACUAAGUACGGUGACACGACAUUCCAUGUUACCCAGUACUUGGUCUGAGGUUAGUAUGCAGGAUAUUUUGUCACGUUUUAGGCUCUUUGCUCUCUUUCCGCUUGAAAAUACCAAUGAUGCACGGCCCCCAAGUCUUCAGGCAGUCUGUAGAUAGAGCUCUUCGUCUUGUCGUCUUUCAAGGCCAGAGGGUGGGUCCAGCGCAGCCAGCAGUUUCCCUGGGAUUGUCAGCCCACAGUUGGUCCAGGAUCCAGAGCCCUUGGGGAGUGUAGGUGUGUUUGUCCUGGGGGUUGGGGGCUGGGGGGGGUGGUGGGGGGGCUGUCUCCACCUCUAGGGUGAGAGACCCCAACCCGGAGAUGGGUGUGAGGCCUGCGGCCCUGCCUGGAACUUGUCCUGGGGUCACAUCGCCUGUCACCAGAGUGGACACAAGACUGCUUAGGGGUCGGGGGAAAGCAUAUCGCUUGCUGAAUUCAAUACAGUUUUCUCACCCUCAGAGCUUAAAGCAGAAAACACAACAGUCCUGCUCCCACACUAUUCCUCUUAUUCAGUGUUAAUCCAUCCCCUUUCCUUGCUAGUUUCAGACGGAGACUUUAAAGUUAAAUGCAUUUGAAAACUAUUUGAGGAAUGACCACAAAGUUUCAAGCGACUAAAAAUAUAUACAGUAAAACCCCACUUUUACGCGUCUCUGGGAAACAGGAGGAACGUUGCAAAGAAACUUUGCAAAAAAAUGUUGAAUUUGUGGGGGGAGGGGGGAGUAAAGCAGAACAAGCACAUCUCAGUUAAUGUGAAAACAACAAUUGAGAACACAGUGUUCAGCGAAUGCAGCAGUUACUGCGCGCUUUCCUACUGUUAGACAACAAGCCUCUCUUCUCAAAGGUCAGAUUAGUAUUCUUUUUGUUUUUUCUAAUAAUCGGUUGUGGUAUCAACCAUGAAACAUAUCUGCUAAGCACUUGUUAACACCUUA